AUGGCAUUGAUGUUGUAUGAUGAUACUGUACUCAGUGGCUUGAAGAGGUUUCAUAAUCCCAGUGCGGCCUACACGUUUGCCAACCACACAAUACGAAUCAAACAAAACUGGAAAGAUCUGGGGGUAGCAGCUGUUGUCUGGGAUGCUGCAGUUGUUCUUUGCAUGUACUUAGAAGCUGGCGGCAUUAACCUGCAAGGUCGUUCCGUGAUAGAACUGGGUGCAGGAACAGGAUUGGUGGGAAUUGUGGCUGCAUUACUUGGUGCUGAAGUUACAGUCACAGAUCGAGAAGUAGCCUUGGAGUUUCUGAAAACAAAUGUUCAUGAUAAUCUUCCAACAGAUCUUCUACACAAAGUGUCUGUGAAACCACUCACAUGGGGCAAAGGGUUGGAGAAUUUCUCAACAUUUGAUGUCAUAGUAGGAGCAGAUAUCGUCUAUCUGGAGGAAACAUUCCAAGAUUUGCUGAAGACUAUUCUCCAUCUGAGUACAGAAAAUACUGUUAUCUUAUUGUCAUGCAAGCUUAGAUACCAACGUGAUAAUCAGUUCCUGGACAUGAUGAGGCAACAUUUUCAAGUGGUUCAGGUCCUUUAUGAUCAGAAUGUUGAUGUCCAUAUUUUUAAAGCGCUGAAGAUAUGUCAGAGAGAAGAACUUUAA